CCACACUGCGCUUCGCGGCUGCACCCGGGCUCCAGUGCCGCGCGUGUGGAUCGACCGCGGCCCCCGAACGAAGCGCCAUGGCCACCCUGAGGGCGGCCGCCCUGCUGACGUUGUCAGCACUGGGCGUGUUGGGUUUGAAGACGAAGGAUCAGAGGGGCGCAUGCAAGAUCUUUGCCAUGUGGGACUAUCAUCCCAGCAAGGUGCCCUUCUUCAUCCAGAAGGAUUUGGAGUCGUGGGAGAAGCACUCCCAUGGGCGCUGUGGCCCUCCAGUCCUACUCAAUAACACCAACAUCAAAGAGUACAUCCCGGAUCUCCCGGCCGAGUACUUCAGGCUGCCGGACCACGGCGCCCGGUCGGACGUGAUCCGCUAUGCGCUGAUUUAUCACCACGGAGGCAUCUACAUGGACACAGACAUCCUGGUCUUGAAGGACCUCACAGAGGUCUUGGACAAGGUCACGGGUGAUUAUGACCUGAUCUCCUAUGCCCACACCAAGAGCUGCAAAGCCUUUAGCUCCAACUUCUUGGCCGGAAGAAAGCAUAGCCGCUUCAUGAAGGCGGUCUGGGAGGCGCAGAAGGAAGCCUUGAGAUCUCAUUGUGAGUCCAACAGUCCCGAGAACAAGGUUUGCUGCCCUGAUGAUCCCAAGAAGAGGUGUCACGUGCACUGGGGUGGCGCUGGAGAGAUGGUCUCCCAUCCGGUCUUCGAUCGCAUGUCUUCAUCCAUGAAGAGCUUCUGCUAUGCAGAGGAGGAUGGCCAGUCCUUUGCUCCGGAAGGCAUGGGCACCGUGCUGUUUACGAAGCGGCUCCUGAACGAUGCCUUGCCCUUCUUCAAGUCGGUGAAGACCAAGGCACCGUUGGAUCGUUUGGCAUAUCACCUCUUCAAUGCCCAAGGAUUUCAAAGGGAGUACGAUGGCAGCGCCAUCUUCGACCCGAAGCUCUUUGUGGGCGCUCUCUUUCGAAAGAGCUUGGGGAACAUCACGCUGCCCCACAUGCCGGCGGAUGAUGGCCCUGCCUCGUACUGUGCCUCCGAGGGGGAGAUGUGCCGCUGCAGCGGGAAGGUCUACUUCGGCCGCAAGUUCGCCAACGACCAGGACGGUGACCGCCUGACGUUGUCGGAGAUGACCUUGGCCCAGCACCGCAGUCGCCAUGUCAAUGGCGACGUGGCGUGCAGCACGGGAUCCUUCGAAUCGGAUCCCCAGAUCAAUCGGCCCAAGCAGUGUCUCUGCCAGGCGCUCCAUGGAGAAGCGCCCAAGAGCCCUGCGGAUGAUGGGCCAGCCACACUCUGCGCCAAUGAGGGCGAGAUGUGUCGGUGUCAAGGGAAGGCCUACUACGGCAGAAAGUUUGGCAAGGAGCGGUCGGUCUUGAGCCUCGCGGAGACGGUGACCUCGGUCUACCGAGCCCAGAUGGUCUUUGGACAGAUCCGCUGCUCACCCCAGGGCUUCGGAGGCGAUCCGUUGCUGGGUGUCUCCAAGCACUGCUUCUGUCAGACCAAACCUGAACGACCUGCGACCAGCGACGGGCUCCGAAACGGAGGAUCGCCGUUGUGCCAGCAUGGCGACCGCGGAACAAAUAAAACCGUGGGAACGAGAGGGCUCUAGGACUUGGAGGACCCAUGGAGCUUUGGACGGCCGAUGUUGAACCCUCGCAAGCAGGAAGUGAAGAU